UUUUUAGCUACAAGAAAAGAGGAAGUAGAAAACAUUAGAACAAAGUUCCCAACAAAAAUUCCAGUGAUCGUUGAAAGAUAUCCAAAGGAAUCCCAAUUACCAUUGCUGGAUAAAACAAAAUUUUUAGUUCCACAAGAGCUUACUGUCUCUCAGUUUCUCACAAUUAUCAGGAACCGUAUGCAUCUUGGACAAAAUCAAGCAUUUUAUUUGCUCAUGAACAACAGGAGUAUUGCCAGUAUGUCCAAAACUCUUGCAGAAGUGUACUUAGAAAGUAAAGAUGAGGACGGAUUCCUGUAUGUAACAUAUGCAUCUCAAGAAAUGUUUGGAACAUCUCUUCCUGCUGUGAGUAGAGGGCAACGUGAAGAAGGAUCUGGUUAUAGACUCUUUGUACUGUCUCCUUGAACUUAAUUUGAUCUACUGGAAAGAAAGAGACUUUCAGUGAUAUCCACUGCCAAAA